AUUUCUACAAGAAGAUUUUAUCACAAGGUUUUGUAUUUAAAUGAAGGACAGCAGGAUGAGAGGAAAGACACGAUACCAUCCUGCCCCCUGUUGGUAGUCUGGUGUACAGCAGAGCAACACACUUUGUGAACAGAAUGAAGGCGAGUGUCUGUUAAUACAGUUGUUUGUGUGUGUUACACGAUGGACAGAGCAUUACACACCUGCCUCUGGAUUGGUAUUUACUGCAUCUCCUGCACUGAGACAAUACCAUGGAUGAAGAAGCAAUGCAUGAAGACUGCCGACGGUUCUGACUGCAGUGGUUUGGACCUGCAGCUUAUACCAGACGACAUCCCAGACUCCAUCAAAACAAUGGAUUUCAGUUUCAACUACCUCCCAAUGCUAUACAACUCAACCUUCCAGAGAUUGAGGAGUCUGGUUUCACUGGAUUUAACAAGAUGCAGCAUCAGUUUCAUGUACGAGGACGUCUUUAAAUACAACCUUGACCUCGAGACUCUUAUUUUGGUAGCAAACCCACUGAACUUCAUAUCAGACAGAGCUUUCUUAGGACCGUUUGGCCUAAAAUACCUCGUGCUGGCUGGAUCAACGAUACGCAGCCUCAAAGACAUCCCGAUUGCUCAUCUUGAAUUCUUGGAGACUCUGGAUCUUAGAGGAAGCGACAUCCAGGGCUUAGACGGUCUGGAAGAUUUUCCUUUGCAACAAAUGAAGAGGCUUUUUCUAGAUAUGAAUGAGAUCGAGAAGUUAAAAUUAUCUGACAUAGAGAAACUUCAGAGAACAAGCAAGCUGGAGAUCAGCUUCAAGGGAAACAAUCUCGUUGACAUUGAAGCGAAGGCUUUUCAGAACUUGGACAUGGACAGCUUGGAUUUAAGUGGCUGCUUGAACAAAAUGAACACGUCUGUACUGCUGAAGGGGUUAGAGGGAGUGAAAACAAACAAGCUUUACUUAGGGGUCUACGAGGACAGCAAAAAUAGCUACGUCACCGAGCUUCGGUCUUUCUGUAACAUAUCAGUGGUUGAUGUCAAUUUUCAGCUGCAACAUUUCUAUCUCACAAACACAAGCUUUAGCUGUUUCUCAGAAGUUCAGAAGAUAGAUUUUACCCGAGCACACCUUUCAACACUUCCAUACAGCUCGUCCAACAUGUCCAUGCUGUCUCACCUGGUCCUGGAUCAGAAUUCUUUUAAUAACUUGUGCCACAUUAAUGCUGGAAACUUUCCCAUGUUGACGCAUUUAUCUGUGAGCGGAAACCGAGAAGAUCUUAAAUUCCAAGAAAACUGUUUGGAACCUCUGUCCCAUCUGGAAGAGCUACAACUUAGCCACAGUAGCUUGACUACUGGAGAUUUUUGUUGUAACAAACAACUGACUGGUCUCAGAGAGCUAAAAUUCCUAAAUCUCAGCUAUAAUUUUCCCAUGAAAUGGGAACCGCUGCCAUUUAACGCCACUCCAAACCUGCAGCAUCUCGACAUCGCACACACCCAAUACCUACUCAACAGCAGCUCUCCGUUUACCAACCUAGAAAAUCUUCAAACUCUUAAUCUCUCGUUCUCAAACUUAAAUCUGCUGGAGCAUGAUCAUAUUCUGAAAGGCCUGAGCCGGCUACGACUGCUGAACCUAAAAGGAAAUACUAUACAAGGUGGCAUUCUUACAAAAACAAACAACUUCGAUUACGUUCCUCUUCUGGAGAACCUGGUUCUUUCUUCAUGUGGCAUCACAGAAAUCAGUGGAAAUGUCUUUAAAGAUCUUGCACAUCUUAAAACUGUAGAUCUUAGUGAAAACCAGCUCGUUAAACUCGGCCUUGUAGAUUUCUACUCGCUGAAUGAGAUCCAACUCGACUUCGCCAGUAAUAAAAUUACACUCGUGGACGUUAGAAUGGUUGAGGACAUAGGGUCGAGCAGUCGCGUCGAUCUGAGCUCCAACCCGCUGGCCUGCAAUUGUACUAAUUAUCAGUUUAUAAUCUGGGUUAAAGACAACGUUAGGAAAAUGAAACACAUUGAAAAGACGUUGUGUGAUGCUACAAAUGAGAAGCUUAUAGACGUGGAUUUUCAGUGCGUCUUUUCAAACGGAGGAUUAGGGAUCGCCCUCGUUACUGCAGUAGCCAUCGUGAUUCUGACAGCUCUCUUAUACAUUGGAAAGAAAAUUCACACACGAUACAGAUCCUACUCAGUAUUGUAGGGAAAAUAUGGUGCUAAAUAUAUAAUCUGUCAUAAUGUUAGAACACUGAUGGAAAUUUUAUUGGGAAAAAAAUAUAUAUAUAAAUUGCUAAUUCCCAACCUUGCUUACUUGUACCUGUUUUUAAUCUAAUAAAAUAAUACUUAGACUUACAUUAGCCAGUUUACUAGUUUACUAGCACUUGUUUUUAGCAAAAUGCUGCUUACACUAGAUAGCUUUUAGUUAAUUUAAGUGACACAUUAGCUAGCCUGUUAAUUUAAUAGUUUUUUUGUGUGUGCAAAAUUAUACUUAGUUAUAUUAGCUAGCUUGCUAGUGCAUGUUUUUACUGAAAUGAUACUCACAUAAGCCCAGAAUUAAUUCGUUCUUUCAUUUUCUACUGCUUACCCGAACUACCUCGGGUCACGGGGAGCCUGUGCCUAUCUCAGGCGUCAUUGGGCAUCAAGGCAGGAUACACCCUGGACGGAGUGCCAACCCAUCGCAGGGCACACACACAUACUCUCAUUCACUCACGCAAUCACGCACUACGGACAAUUUUCCAGAGAUGCCAAUCAACCUACCAUGCAUGUCUUUGGACCGGGGGAGGAAACCGGAGUACCCGGAGGAAACCCCCGAGGCCCAGGGAGAACAUGCAAACUCCACACACACAAGGCGGAGGCGGGAAUCGAACCCCCAACCCUGGAGGUGUGAGGCAAACGUGCUAACGAAACUAAAAAAUAAAAUAAAAUAAAAUAAAUAAAUAAAUAAAUAAAUAUUGAUACGAUGGUGAAGUUAGCUUUUGGCAGUAACAUAUAGUAAUUAAAAAAAUAUAUCUUUUUAAAUUCUUUCCAAAUUUUGCUACUAAUAAACACACUAACAGUCUGUUACGUCACUCUGGUCUAUACACAUGGUAUACAUGGGUCUAUCUGUAUAUUUGUAUCCUUUCAAUAAACUGUUCUUAAAA